UUUCGCUGCCGCCGCCGCCGCAGGCAGGAAGAUGGCGAACGUGCAGCUGGAGUUCCAGGCCAGCGCCGGCGAGUCGGACCCGCAGAGCCGCCCCUUGCUGGUGCUGGGCCAGCUGCAGAAUCUGCACCGCCUGCCUUGGGCCCAGCUGCGGAGCAAGCUGCAGCCCAGGGUCACCGAGGAGAUAUGGCAGGUGGCACUCAGCACGCUGACGCCAAAUCCGACAGACAGCUGCCCUCUCUACUUGAAUUAUGCCACCGUGGCAGCUUUACCUUCCCGGGUCAGCCGGCACAACAGCCCGUCUGCUGCCCAGUUUCUCACCCGACUCAUUCGGAACUGUCUCCCAGGAGGGACCAACCGAUGCAUCCUUAUGGUCUGUGAGCGCUCAGAGGUCUUUGCCUCAGCUUGUGCCAUAGCAAGAGCUUUCCCACUCUUCACGCACCGUUCCAGCGCACUGAGACGCGCCGAGAAGAAAACCGUAAUAGUGGAGUUUUUCCUGGUGGGACAAAACAAUGGGCCAGUAGAGGUGGAAACACUUAAAUGUCUAGAAAGCGCUACAGAAGGCGUGAGGCUGGCUGCUCGGAUUGUAGACACCCCUUGCAAUGAAAUGAAUACUGACUGCUUUCUGGAGGAAAUCAGAAAAGUUGGAAAAGAUUUGGGGAUCGUCCCAACCAUUUUUCGAAAUGCAGAACUGAAGGAGAAAGGAUUUGGAGGUAUCUAUGGAGUUGGCAAAGCGGCUGCGCAUCCUCCUGCGCUUGCUGUGCUCAGCCAUACCCCGGAAGGGGCGACGCAGACGAUCGCUUGGGUUGGGAAAGGCAUUGUCUACGACACUGGAGGGCUUAGCAUCAAAGGAAAGACAACAAUGCCUGGGAUGAAACGCGAUUGCGGUGGAGCUGCUGCUAUUUUGGGCGCCUUCAAAGCCGCCGUAAAGCAAGGCUUCAAGGAUAAUCUGCAUGCAGUUUUUUGCUUGGCUGAGAAUUCUGUUGGCCCAAAUGCAACAAGACCUGAUGAUAUCCAUGUUCUCUACUCGGGAAAAACUGUGGAAAUCAACAACACAGAUGCCGAGGGCAGACUGGUCCUUGCUGACGGAGUUGUGUACGCUUGCAAAGAUCUUGGUGCGGACAUCAUUCUUGAUAUGGCCACUCUCACUGGUGCUCAGGGAAUUGCCACAGGGAAAUACCACGCAGCGGUCCUCACCAACAGCGAAGAGUGGGAAAGCGCAUGUGUGAAAGCAGGCAGGAACUGUGGCGACCUGGUUCAUCCUCUCGUCUACUGCCCUGAGCUCCAUUUUAGCGAAUUUACCUCCGCUGUCGCUGACAUGAAGAACUCUGUGGCGGACCGUGAUAAUUCCCCAAGCUCCUGUGCUGGACUUUUUAUCGCUUCACACAUCGGAUUUGACUGGCCAGGCAUCUGGGUGCACAUAGAUAUCGCAGCGCCAGUCCAUGCGGGUGAGCGAGCGACUGGCUACGGAGUAGCUCUCUUGCUGUCCCUCUUUGGCCGUGCCUCCGAAGACCCCCUGCUGAAUAUGGUGUCCCCACUGGGCUGCAACGGAGACUCUCCCGAGGAUGACAUGGGCAGAGAUUCCAAGAGACGGCGCUUGGUUUAGUGGCCCCGUCCUUCAAAGAUGGCACACCAGAAUUACCUCACUUUGCACUGAUGAGUUUCCAGAACCAUAACAUACCAUUUGUCAGAAAUGGCCGUUUUAGAAAACAUACAGACAUAUGGAUGGGUGAGGCUUAGAUUUGAUUCUGCAUCUCAUUCUAGCAAAAGGCCCCAUUCUGUUAUUUUUAAGAACAAUUUGCUUGGAGGUUAGUACCAAACUUAUAAUGACUCUGCUGCUUCCAGUCUUUAUUGAGAAGGGGCCAGGCAACUUUCUCAUCUGUCUCCUGUCCAAAAAGUAUCUGAAUCUAGUAAUGCAGCAGCUUAACCUCUUGCUGCCCAUAGAGUCUUCUGAGAAGUUCUGCAGGUGUUCAUACUCUGCAGGGGCUUUGCAGCCCCCCUGCCUUUCACAGUACAACAGCAGAGGGUGAAAAUAGGGGGCACCACCUUGCAACCUACACAGGACGUGCCUCGUUUUUAAAAGGCCUGAAGCCAAGGCUCCUGGCUGAGCUUGCCCUCCGCUAAACUGCUGUCCCACCCGCUUGCGGUGUGGUGUACCUCUCACCCCAGAGCUGAAAGAAGAGAUCAGCCUCUGCCAACCCGGCUUCCUCCAGAUGGUUGGAUUCUGGCAUUGCCGUCCAGCACAUCUGGAGGGCACCAGCUUGGGGAAGACUGAAAUGGAUGAUGGCGUGCAGGCAGAAUAGCCGAGAGGAACUGGGGACAAACAGCAGCUGAGCAGACCAGCAAGCGGAUGGCCAGGAGGCACCAUGGCAGUCCUGUCUCCGGUGGCACUGAGCGUUCAGAGUCAGCCCAAGUUGCAAGAUGACCCCCCUGGACAAAACCACUGUGGGCUCUACUUUAUUCUGUAGCGGUGUUUGGCGUCAGGGGAGCCCUGGUUUUAUAAAGAGGCUUUAAACAAAAAUUUCCUGAAGAACUCCUGUCUUGCAUGUUCAAUCUUUUGCCGAUUGUUAUGACCAUGACCUGAAGAGUGAGCUGGUGCAUUUCUCCAUAACGUUCUUACACUCUUCUGCUAAUAAACUGCAUUAAUGUUUAGAAUGAAAGUGUUUAUGGGAGGUAACCACACUAGAAUAAAGCCCGUCAUCUUUCAUCUCA